AUGGCAGAAGGGCAUGCACUCAAGUUCCCCCACGACCCGAUUCUGGUCCGUCUGCUUGUUGCUGCCCAGCACGCCCCGUCCUCGGAAGCCGUCGUCCACGAUGUCCUCGGUUUCGACAAGACGUACCCGCAGCUCUUGGGUGAUAUCCGGCAGAUGCGCCAUGACCUCCUCGCUCAGCUACCGCCGUCGGCAACGGACCAACGCGGCAUCUUGCGUGCGGAAACGCAGAAUGUGGCCGUUCUUACACGAAGUGCUUACGAGAUGAUGGUUGGCUUUUUCGCCAUCCGAGCCAUAGGCGGUGCAUUCGUGCCCUUGGCCUCUGGCAUCUUUCCUGAGGAGGCACAAUACAUACUCGCCAGGGCGGAAGUGACUUGCUUGCUCGUUGGCAGGGAACGCAUGGAACCAGGGCAAGGCCAUCAGCGCUUAUAUCCACGGGCACAGGGGCUCACCAGAAACCUGGACCCUGCUGCCGAUUUUGUGCGACGGUUUGCCCUUGAGCAUCGCCGAUGCGCACCCCUGGCUGAGCCCGGCGGUGUUGCCAUCAGCCACCGUCCGGCCCAUUGGAUUUCCGGAUUGCGAGACAUCGUCACGCCUAUGGUGACGGGGACGAAGCUCUAUGCUCUCGGAGAGAAGGCUGACGCCGAGGCCGUGCUGAACGCCUUGAGGAACUAUGGCAUUACUCAUGCCACAUUCGGGCCCACGAUUCUGCGCCAGAUGAAGGAUGUUUUGACGGGUCAGCGCGGAGAGUUGUCUCAAGAGGACAGGACCAAGUGGUCUGGCCAUUUCAAGGCCCUGGGCACCAUUAAAUGUUCCGCCGGGGUCCUGGAGCCUUCGGUCAUACAAUUUUGGACAGAUCUUAGUGGACUGCCGUUUGAGAACAUGUACGGGGCCACGGAAUCUGGCGGGUUGGCGGUCCGGGGCACCUCGACGACACAGUUCUCGAUUGGAACCCCCAUGUCAGGCGUCAAAGUGAAGCUGUCAGAAGGCAGCCGCGGAGAGAUCCGCGUCAAGAGCCCGUACAUGUUCUUGCACUACCUCGACGACGAAGAGAUGACGCGGGCCGCAUUAGAUGAAGAUGGAUACUACAAGACGGGCGAUCUCGCAGAGCUCCGGGAUGGUGAAUAUGUGUUUGGCGGCCGGGCCAGCUCCGACUAUCUCUUAUGUGGAGUCUUUCGGAUCCCCGCCUCGACGGUCGAGAGCAGCUUGGCCGACCUGCCCUAUGUCGCCGAAGCAUGCAUCGUGGGAGUGCCGGACUACGCGGCGAUCCAGCUCUGCGGAGCCGUCGUCCGGCUUCGAAGCCAGGUGGAAUCGCAAAUAACCCUGGCGCGCAUCAGAUGCGACCUCGCAGCCAGCCUCGCCGCCUAUAUGCUGCCCACUCUGCUCCGGGUGCUCAAGGAGGACGAGGAACUUCCGCGCACCGCGUCUGGGAAGCUGCUCAAGAGACAGAUUCUCAGAGACUACUUUGGCAACGCGGAUGGGAUGCCGGCCUGCCGUGUUCCGGCAGACGUGGAGCAGUGCGCUCGGUCGAGGUUGAUCUGGGAGGGAUCUAAACCAUGGGAUGGGAGUGGAUUGCAGAGAGCGGUUUGA